CUUGGUGGGUCGUAUAACUUUUACCAUCUCUCUACGCAUUCGUUUCCAUUCUCAAGCUGCCAAUUUAGACAUGCACCUCGUUAUGAAGAAUUAGAAAUGACGAAUGCCAAGCAACUAGUUCAUAGGGCGGAUCAACCCGAUGUCGCAAGAGAUUUCCCCACAUGGAGACCCUCAGCUUUCUUACUCGCGUGCAUUUCCAAGCCUUCUCCGCUCUUUUCCUGCAUCUCUUCACGCCCUCUCUCUUUACUAGGACGACCCACAUGUUCCUGUUAUAAAAGCAAUGCGUUUCACUAAUCUUUUGUAGAAUUAAGAUCCAAUCUUUCGCAUGGCGCCCACGGAGACCUUGACUCUUCCAACCCCGCGCCAUGGUAUGUCCAUGCGCACCUCUCCCUCCCCGAGUCGAUCGAAGAAGUCGUGGCAAUCCCGCGUUCCCUUCUCACCCUCCAGGAGUCGAUACAAUGAGAGCGAAGAGCGGCUCAGCCGCGAGAACACCCGUUCUCCGAUGCGAUCAGCCCGCUCGAAGAAAGUCAAAUGGUGGAAGACACAAUUGUUUCGUGGAAUGAUAAACGAUCUCAGGAGGAGAGCUCCCUUCUAUUGGAGUGACUGGACAGAUGCGUGGGAUUAUAGGGUCGUCCCCGCAACGGUGUACAUGUAUUUUGCGAACAUUCUGCCUGCGCUUGCUUUCUCCCUUGAUAUGUUUGCGAAGACCGACCAGAGCUUCGGUGUCAAUGAAGUUCUCUUGGCCUCAGUCCUUGCUGCCGUCGUGUUUUCCGUUUUUGCAGCUCAGCCACUUGUGAUCGUCGGAGUAACAGGCCCUAUCACCGUCUUCAACUACACAGUCUAUGACAUAAUCACACCCCGUGGCACAAAUUACUUUGCUUUCAUGAGUUGGAUCGGACUAUGGUCAUUAGUCAUGCACUGGGUACUUGCUAUAAGUAAUGCAUGUAAUGGAUUGAAAUAUGUCACCCGAUUUUCAUGCGACAUAUUUGGGUUCUACGUCGCCUUUAUCUACCUCCAGAAAGGAAUCCAGGUCCUUGCCCGACAGUGGGAGGUAAACGAUGUGUCUGCGUAUCUCUCCGUUGCUGUCGCCUUGCUCGUCCUAAUAGCUGCAUACAUAUGCGGCAUGAUAGGGCAUUCCUCCCUCUUCCAGCGGCAUAUAAGGAAGUUCAUCGAAGACUACGGUACGCCGUUGACCGUCAUUUUCUUCACCGGCUUCGUUCAUAUUGGAAAAAUGAGAAAAAUUGAAUUACUUACCCUUCCCACCUCGCGCGCAUUCUUUCCAACGACGGACAGGGGCUGGUUUAUCCAUUUCUGGGAUAUUAGUGUUGGUGACAUCUUCCUAGCCAUUCCAUUCGCUAUUCUCCUCACCAUUUUAUUUUACUUCGAUCAUAACGUCUCAUCCUUGAUAGCUCAAGGUACAGAGUUCCCACUACGCAAGCCUGCAGGAUUCCACUGGGAUAUUUUCCUUCUUGGCCUCACCACCGGCGUCGCAGGCCUUCUCGGAAUCCCGUUCCCUAAUGGCUUGAUCCCACAGGCACCAUUCCACACCACCGCUCUUUGCGCAACCCGAACGGUCUCUGACUCGGACGAUGAGACUAACAAAGGGCAUACGCGAAGAAUUGUAGAUCACGUUGUUGAGCAGCGUGUUUCAAAUCUCGCCCAAGGGCUUCUUACUCUUGGGACUAUGACAGGCCCAUUACUUAUCGUUCUGCAUCUUAUACCUCAAGCGGUUCUUGCAGGCUUGUUCUUCGUCAUGGGUGUUCAAGCAUUGGAAGCCAACGGCAUUACAGUAAAGAUUAUAUUCUUAGCAAAAGACCGUUAUCUCACACCACGCUCGGACCCUCUCACUCGCAUCGACCGCCGCAUCGCCAUCUGGGCAUUCAUAGCCCUAGAGCUGGUUGGAUUCGGCGCUACAUUCGCCAUCACGCAGACGAUUGCGGCCAUCGGAUUCCCCGUCUUCAUUCUUCUGUAUAUCCCGCUCCGCACCUGGAUUUUGCCGCGAUGGUUUACGCCUCAAGAACUCAGCAUUCUCGAUGCACCUACCGCGAGUCCCUUCACCAUGGAGAGCGUGGGCGGCAACCACGGGGAGACUAUCGAGUGUAGUACAAGUGGAGCACCUUUGCCCGGGUUCGGGGGGCAGGAUGUCCUUGAUGAGAGCGACGAAGCGGAGCGUGGAGAAGUGGGUAGUAUGAAGAUUGGUAAAGACGAUGAAGAUCAAGGGAUGGGGAAUGGGGAGGGAGCAAGUAGGAGGAGGAGCAGUUUUAGGAGUCCGGUGCAGAUUGAGCUAGAACAUUUAACGAAGUAG